AGAAGAAAGCGAGCACGGGAGGUGAAACUCGGCUAACUGCUAGCUCGUUUGGUAAGCUUGGCUGGCAACAAAACCGUCAAAAGCAAAUCGAGCUUGAAAAACUUUUGGGGGAUCUUGACUGACUUUUCAACCCAAGAUGAUCACGUACCGCCAUCUUUGAUCGCAAUGGAAGGGAAAUGUUUGUUCCAAAGUGUUUUUUGGAAUCAACAAAUAGGAGCAGUAAACACGCAGUCCCUGUUAUUAUUUAUGUUUAUUGUGUGAAAAGCUGCCAUCACCGCGGGCGCUACGUAGCCCGCGCGCAGCUCACUAUUCGGCAUCGCCGACGUCCGCCGCGUGAAACACGCGUUGAGCGCGGACGAAGCCGUUUCAGGUCCCCACAGAGACGUCACGCGCACUGUUAUGGAACACGAGAGACACUUCAUCGAUUAUGCUUAUUUUGGAAAAUGUCAGGCUAGCGUUCGUUGACCUUUGUGAACCGCGCAAAUCCGUCGGGUUAUCGAUCGGUAUGGUCGGCGGCACGAAAAUUCAAACGCGGGUGCAAAAUCCACGAGCGACCAUGUGCUGCAAAAGCCUUCAUGCAAAAAUGAGGAAGUUUGAUUGACGCUGAGAUAUUGGUUGAACAAUAUUUACAGCGAUGAACCAAUUGAUCUGAUCCCCACCCAGUGAAAAUUAUUUGUUAUAUAUCUGCUGCUUGAAAACGGCAAGUAUGAUCAAAAGCCCCUGAGAAAUUGUUUGUUUUGUAGGUGCUACGCCAUGAAAAAAAGAUUUCCAGCUUCCGUUUUUGGAAGCCGGAGCACCCGGACAAAAGCCGGGCACCCAAAUAAGAUUCCAACGCCAAACAUCUGAACUGUGAGGCAGACGUCCGCUGCGCCCUGGAAUCAUGAAAAAAAAAAUUGAAUUUGAGGGGAAAAAGAAAAAGCUAUUGUCGCGCUUUUUGUGUAGAACGUUGAGGUUGACGGAAUGCUGUGAGGGGUGUUAUUAUUCUGCAAGCCCCCCCCCCCCCACCCCCACCCCCCCAGGAGGAUUUUGGAGAUGCCGCCCAUGCAGUGACAACAGAAUGAUGAGUUGAGCGCAGGAAUUUCUGGGUGCAGAUUGGACCACUCCUCCCUCCCUCCAUCCACCGCCCCCCCCUCCCCCCCACACUCUCUUUCUCUCUGCCUCCCUCGCUCGCUCGCUCUCUCCCCUCUCAGGCUCGCCGGUGAGAAAGAGAUGAGCAGAGAAGGGGGAGGGUGGUCUUGCAGUAGACGCCGAGGAACAAGACUUUAUUGAGGAGUCGCUGCAUCGGCGGAGUCGGGGGGGGGGAAAGCCCCUCGCCUUGCGGAUGGUCGGAGAGGACUGACGGGGAGGGAAAAAAGAGGAAAAAUAGCGCGCGGAAGGCAAAGAGGGACUUUGCGCCGCCGGCCGCUUUGUUGAACUUGUUGAUGCGACAUUGUGCCGUUGUCUUCGGGCGCGGGCGCGCGCCUGCGGCGAGGAUGGACGGGAGGCGAUACGACGAGUAGUCUCCUCCGAGGCUUCGGUUCGAGUCCCCGAGGAGGCGGUUUCGGGAGCAGCCUAACCCCCCCCCCCCCCCCAGGGUGAGUGGUGCUCCCCGCUUCAGCCAAUCGCUUUGCCGCAAAGUGCGAGAUGGGAACGCGUCUGGUUUGAGUGAGAUUCUCGCGUCCCGCCGCUUUCCCCCGCACUGCGAUAACCUCGCACGUGCGCCCGCCCCGACCCAUUUCCAGGUCAGCAUGGCAGCAGGUGUGGCGGCGUGGCUCCCGUUCGCCCGGGCGGCGGCCAUCGGAUGGAUGCCGGUGGCCAGCGCCCCGAUGCCGGCGCCCCCGCAGGACAAGCGCAAAAGCCGGGACGGGCUGAUCGUGCUGAACGUGAGCGGGACCCGCUUCCAGACGUGGCGGACCACGCUGGAGCGCUACCCGGACACUCUGCUGGGCAGCACCGAGAAGGACUUCUUCUUCCACGAGGAGAGCCACGAGUACUUUUUCGACCGCGACCCGGACAUCUUCAGGCACGUCCUGAAUUUCUACCGCACGGGGAAGCUCCACUACCCGCGGCAGGAGUGCAUCUCGGCCUACGACGAGGAGCUGGCGUUCUUCGGGAUCAUCCCCGAGAUCAUCGGCGACUGCUGCUACGAGGAGUACAAGGACCGGCGGCGCGAGAACGCCGAGCGGCUGCAGGACGACGACGAGAUGGACGGCGGCAACGACGUGACGCCCGUCGACCUGACGGCCAGGGAGUACCUGUGGCGCGCCUUCGAGAACCCGCACACCAGCACCCUGGCGCUGGUCUUCUACUACGUGACCGGCUUCUUCAUCGCCAUUUCGGUCAUGGCCAACGUGGUGGAGACGGUGCCGUGCGGGACGCUGCCCGACCGCGCCAAGGAGGUGUCGUGCGGCGACCGUUACGCGCUGGCCUUCUUCUGCCUGGACACGGCGUGCGUGAUGAUCUUCACCGUCGAGUACCUGCUGCGCCUCGUGGCGGCCCCCAGCCGCUACAAGUUCAUGAAGAGCGUGAUGAGCGUCAUCGACGUGGUGGCCAUCAUGCCCUACUACAUCGGCCUGGUCAUGACCGACAACGACCAGGUGAGCGGCGCCUUCGUCACGCUGCGCGUCUUCCGGGUCUUCCGGAUUUUCAAGUUCUCCCGCCACUCGGCGGGCCUGCGCAUCCUGGGCUACACGCUGAAGAGUUGCGCCUCCGAGCUGGGCUUCCUGCUCUUCUCGCUCACCAUGGCCAUCAUCAUCUUCGCCACCGUCAUGUUCUACGCCGAGAAGGGCUCCGCCGCCAGCAAGUUCACCAGCAUCCCCGCCGCCUUUUGGUACACCAUCGUCACCAUGACGACGCUCGGGUACGGCGACAUGGUGCCCAAAACGAUCGUGGGGAAGGUGUUUGGCUCCAUAUGCUCGCUGAGCGGGGUGCUGGUCAUCGCCUUGCCCGUGCCGGUCAUCGUGUCCAACUUCAGCCGCAUUUACCACCAAAGCCAGAGGGCGGAGAAGCGGCGAGCCCAGAGGAAAACUCGCCUCGCUCGAAUCCGCGCGGCGAAGAUUCGGGGCACUAAUGCCUAUAUGCGCUACAAACAAAACGGGCUCCUGAUCGACUCACUGGAGGAGGCCUCCAAGGAGGCAGGACAAGCCCUGGUGGGGAAGUCCGCCAGCCCUCCGUUCGAGAGCCAACACCAUCACCUGCUGCACUGCCUGGAGAAGACCACGAACCACGAGUUUGUGGACGAGCAGACCUUCCAGGCCAACUGCAUGGAGAUCUCGGUGAUGAAGAAGUCGGGCUCGCGCAGCUCGUCGCUGUCGUCGUCGCCGCCGCCGCCGCGGGGCCUGGCCUCGUGCUGCUCGCGGCGCCACCGCAAGAAGGGCGGCUUCGGCCCCCCCAGCGCAAACAACCAGGAGCUCAGCACCAUCCGCAUCCCGGACAGGCCCGUGGCCAACAGCCGCUCCAGCCGCUCCAGCCUGAACGCCAAACUGGACGAGACGGUGCCGUUGAAGUGCGACGAAGUCUACGUGGGCCCCUGCACGGUCAGCCUGGCCGCCCCGCUGGCGAGCUCGCCCGACGACGACGACGGCACGGCCUCGGCGUACUCUCAGAGCAACAUUGUGCGAGUUUCGGCCUUGUAGACGCCCGCCCGGAGACCUUUGCCCCCGCCCCCUCCCUCCCCCACGCUCGAGGAGACGGGACCAGCGAGCGUGAACCCGCCGUGACCCCGGAGGGAUUACGAGAUGAUUUGUUUCCCGAGCGGUGAUCUCAUCUGAUGUCAAACUCUCUCUGCAUGUAUUUGAUUCCAUUUCUUUUUUUUUUUUGUUCUUUUCCAAGCGUCAACGUGGACGACGACGUCGAGAAGUGACCAGCACACGUCGUCCCAUAAUUAAGCACAGAACAGGCGGGAAGGCGCUGGGGACAUACCGACAAGGAUUUUAUUUUGCAAUAUGAUUUAUGGGGUUUUGUUUUUUUUUUUUUUUUUUUUUCGGGGGGCUCUGAUGACAAAGCACACGCAUUCAUUCCCGUCCCCACGAAGGCUGUUUU